AUGGAGUUCAUUAUGAUAGUGGAGGUGGUGGUUUUGGACGAAGAAGAGCUUCAGGACGACAAGAGCGCCGUGUGGGGACUCAUACAGGAAAUGGGCGGUCCUGUUGACGGGCUUGCCGGCGAACCAAUCCUACCCGAAGUGGCUGUCUCUAGUUUGGGAUUAUCGUGCACUUAUUGUGGAAAAAGCUUCAGUACUCGAUUCAAUCUAAAAGUCCAUCUACGAAUUCACACCGGUGAAAAGCCGUACGAAUGUCCGAUCUGUAAACGCCGGUUCAGCGAUCGCUCAAACAUGAACGGCCACCUAAAAUCUCACGCGGGACCCGAGCAACCCUUUCGAUGUACGAUGUGCCCUGAGCGAUUCCAUCGCUACAUCGACUUAAAGGGUCACAUGAAGAACACACAUUUCACAGAAGAUAACAUCUACCGACUGAAAUAG